AUGGCUUUGACAAUUAAGCAUCUGGCAAAAAAAAUUAUAAACGCAAUCCGAGAAAUAGCAAAAGAAAAACGUGAACUGAUGGCCAAGUUUGAAAUGAGAGUAUCCAAAGAAACUAUUUUUAUUUUUUGCCACGAUCAGAAGCAGAAAGUAGAUCAGGAAUAUUCGGGGUCGGAUAAAAGUCCGCCAUUGAGAAGUGAUUUCACUCAAAUUGGAUGUAAGAUGAAACAUUCUUAUCCACAAGCAAACGAGUAUGAUUUAAGCGAUCAAAGUUUCCCGCAGUACACACAAACCUCUGCGCCCAUGACUUCAUGUUCACCACAUUUUAACUGA